AUUAUGCAAUACGAUACUUCCGGUGGGCGUUAAUUACGCGAUCACGCAUGUCUCUCGCCACGCGUUCUGGGCAUGAGAAAAAGUAUUUUACGUUAAAAAGGCGUUAGUCUUUUUCUAAUAUACACCGUAUAACCGAUUUAUUAACAUCAGUAGAUAUUAAUGCGGGACAGCGCGUCAUCUGUCUCCUGAAGUCUGUGUAACUGUAAGAACACGUGUUUUAUAGUCAUCAUGGGGGAUCAAGUUGAGUUGGUCGCUGGCUGUUAUGAGCAGAUAGUGUUUGGAUAUCGAGUGUGCCCUGGUGACGAGGAGUGGACAAUCGAGCCCAACUUUACCCAUCAUGCACACACAGCAUCACUGACUGCAGUUUCAUCCAGUGAUCAGUUCAUCGCCACUGGAAGCCAAGAUGAAACCAUUCAGCUCUAUGAUAUGAGCAAGAAAACUGAACAUGGUGCUUUGUCAUAUCGAUUCUCGACAGGUACUAUCUCAUGUCUGGAGUUCUACGGGACGUCCCAUUUACUCAGCGGAGGACAGGACGGGCUCAUCUGUGUGUGGAGCACCAAAAAAUGGGAAUGUUUAAAAUCCAUCAAAGCUCACAAGGGUCAUGUUACUUCUCUGUCAGUACACCCUUCUGGAAAACUGGCGCUCUCUGUCGGAACAGACAAAACUCUGCGAACAUGGAAUCUUAUUGAAGGACGUUCGGCUUUCAUCAAGAACAUCAAACGGAGUAAGUGAGAUUAUAAUACGAAA